CCAGGAGCAAGAGUGAGUGGAACAGGAGAAGAAGGAGGAGGAGGGAAAGUGAGAAGGAGGAAAAAAGAUCCGGAGAAAGUUUGGCAACAUCUUAAAAAAAAACCUCUUCUUUGGACUUCUCCUCGGUGGGGAAAUCAUCAAGCGGGCCGUGUAGCUGUGUAUGGGCCGUCGUCUGGCGGAUUAUUUUUGCGAUGAGGAGCGAGCCUGUGCUUUUUACUUCCAACGGGGCAAUGGAUGAGUUGGUGCAGGAGCUUCGCCUAUUUCUUCAACUUCUAGAUCGGGAAUAUCUCAGCGCCGGUAUCCGGGAGAAGAAAACCCACCUCUCCAACAUCCUCAACAGAGUCAUCUCAGAGAAAGAGCUGUUAUGUAAGCCAGACAUCCACACUGGACUGCCAGCACCACCUCAGAUGCCACUGCCUGAAAUCCCUCAACCCUGGCUGCCUCCAAAUACCGGCCCACCGCCUUUGCCAAGCUCCUCUCUUCCAGAGGGUUAUUAUGAGGAAGCCGUCCCUUUAAGUCCAGGGAAAGCCCCAGAAUACAUCACUUCUAACUUUGAUUCCGACGCAAUGAGCAGCUCCUACGAGUCGUACGAUGAGGAAGAGGAGGACGAAAAAGGUCUGAAGACGCGCCACCAGUGGCCGUCUGAGGAGGCGUCCAUGGAUCUGGUGAAGGACGCCCGCAUCUGCGCAUUCCUACUGCGUAAGAAGCGUUUUGGACAGUGGUCUAAGCUCCUCUGCGUCAUUAAAGAUAACAAACUUCUGUGUUAUAAAUCGUCCAAAGACCACACCCCCCAGAUGGAGCUGACGCUGACGGGUUGCAGCAUCACCCAUGUCCCCAAAGACGGCAAGAAGAAGAGACACGAGCUAAGGAUUGUCCACCAGGCGGCGGAUGCACUGGUGCUGGCCGUCCAGAGUAAAGAACAGGCAGACCAGUGGCUCAAGAUCAUGAGAGAGCUGUGCGGAAGUGGGACGACUGAACUGGAUCGCUCCGGAUCGCCUGUCUACAAGUCAGAGCUGGAAAAGAAAUUGUCAUCCGACAAGCCGAGCUCAGAUGGCGAAGCAACACCCGAAAACGGACACAUGGACAAGGAUAACGGUAAAGGCAAGAAGAAUUCCAAGUCGGAUCAAAAGACCGGAACAGUUGGGAAGGGUGCCGGAAUUAAGAUCACUAAGAUUAUUGGUCUGGGCAAAAAGAAGCCUUCCAUGGAUGAGCAGACAUCGUCAGCAGAGGAAGAUGUACCAUCAUGUGGAUACCUGAACGUGCUGUCCAACAACCGGUGGCGGGAGCGUUGGUGCCGCCUCAAAGACAACCAGCUGCUCCUCCACAAAGACCAGGACGACCUGAAGAGCCACAUCGCCUCCUUGCCCCUCCGAGGCUGCGAGGUCAUCCCAGGUCUCGACCACAAGCACCGCUUUGCUUUUCGCUUGCUCCGCAACGGACAGGAAGUCGCCGUACUCGAGGCGUCCUCGUCUGAAACUAUGGGUCGUUGGCUGGGGGUCCUAUUGGCUGAGACCGGCUCCACCGCUGACCCGGCCACGUUGCAUUACGACUACAUCGACGUGGAGACCACCGCUAACGUCAUCCAGCUGGCCAAGCAGUCCCUAUGUUUCACCAGUAAGCGCGCCAUCUCCCCUAACCCGUACUUGGACAACCCAGUCAGCAGCUAUGCCUGUCCCAGCGGCACGGCCCUGCACUAUGAUGACGUGCCGAUCGACGGAAUGUCGUCCAGUCCCGGCACAGGAGAGUGCCUGCUACAAGAACCACUGUACGAGAACACCGUCUCUAAAAGGCCCUCUUCUCUCGCCCAUUCUUCUUCUACCACCAAAACUGCUCUAAGUCACUACCAAACACCUGUUUCUAACGUCUCCUCUAAGAUUCUAACCCAUACUAAAAUGCAACCUGUUAUUAAGCUGAAGGGGAAGAAAGGAACCACGUCCAACAGCUCAGCAUCCAAACAAAAGGCUGAUCCAAAAAAUCUACAAAAGAAGAACGGCCUUACCGACGUGAAUGGGACUGCAUCUCUCAGACGUAACACCUCAAGGACAGAGCACGUCAAAUACGGCAAAAAGCGUGUGGAGGCGGAUGCCAAGCGACUGCAGACCAAGGAAGAUGAAUUGAUGAAGAAGAAACAUGAGAUCCGGAACCAUCUGGCCAGUUUAAAGCAGGAGAGGAAGGACCUGCGUGAUACUCUUGAAGGGACGUCAGGCAAACGAUCGCAGGCUGCCAUGACGGCACGCCUGAAGAAGGUGGAGUUGGAGUGCAAGCAAAAGGAGGAAGAGAGAGUCAACCUGGAGCUGGAGCUCACAGAGGUCAAAGGCAGCCUAAAGAACGCCUUGAAUGGAGGAGUCACCCUAGGUCUCACCAUAGAACCAAAAAGUAGCUCUUCUGCACUCCAGUCACCAGCCACAUCACGGCGAGCAUGUGAGUCGUCGCCUUUCUCCAGCUGCAGCGCCAGCGACACCGAGGUGUGCUUGCCCAUUAAUAGUGCCUCACUGCUCCGACGCCAACCUCUGGGCACCCAGAAGGCAUCACCAGUCCGAGGUCACGUACUGAGGAGGGCUAAGGAGUGGGAACAGAAGAGCGGAACAUAAAACACCUUCAGGUCAUUCUGUCUUUUUCCCAUGUUGAAUUUGUGUAUAUAUUUAUUUACAAUGUCCCAAUUAACCAAAAAAGACCAACACACUUUUUUUUUCUUUUUUUUUUUACUGUUGAGCAUGUUUUUUUGUUGUUUUUUUGGUGCCUUUGCUUUUGCUCCAGUCAACAGAAUCAAAUAUUUAUUUGUAAAAAAACAAAACAAGAAUAGCUUUGCUUUUAUUUAUGUUUAUAUAUAUAUUUUUUAUUUAUAUAAGUAUAUAUAUUGAAUUUCUUUACAUUUAUUCAACGGAGUGUCAGACUUGUUAGUUAUUUUUAUUCUAAUUUCCUUCUGUUGUUUUACUGCUUACCUUAACAUUGAAAUAUUUUAAAAGUGGCUUAAAUUAUUAGAACUACUCGGAAAACAAAAUGAAAAUCAUUUCUUGUACACUUUUUUUUUUAGGUUUACAAGAAGUUAACCACUGUUUUAAGGAUUUAGCUCAACACAAUUUAUUGGAAUCUUACCUUGGAAAAUAGACAACUGAAUUUAAUUAGAGUUUUUUUAUAUUUUACGCUGGUCCAAAUGUUUUUUCAACUUAGCUGUAAUCGUGCUUUAAAAACCGGGGCCCAUUUUGUCCAGUCAAAAGCAGGAUGCCGGUGAUGAAAUCUACAUUCCGAUCUUUUUUUUUUGGAUGUGUGUAUUUUCUUCGUAGCCAGCCUUAGCUAAUUUGAAUGACAUUUGGCCGUCAAAUUUAAGAACAAAUUUACAUUUUGGCUUUUUUAAUUGUUUUUUUUUAACUAGUUUUUCCUUUUUUACAAAACAGGCACUUCAGUGUUUGAGUGCUAUAUAGAUGGAAUGUGUGAUUAUUGGCUUUGCGACUUCAAAAAAAAACAAAAAAAACCAGUGAAGUUGGCACGUUGUGUAAAUGGUAAAUAACAACAGAAUACGAUGAUUUACAAAUCCUUUUCAACUUAUAUAUAGACUGUAAAAACGAGAUAUUUAACGUUUGAACUGGAAAACUUUAUUUUUUGCAAAUAUUAGUUCAUUUGGAAUUUGAUGCCUGCAACAUGUUUCAAAAAAGCUGGCACAAGGGGCAAAAAAGACUGGGGAAGUUGAGGAAUGCUCAUCAAACACUUAUUUGGAACAUCCCACAGGUGAACAGGCUAAUUGGGAACAGGUGGGUGCCAUGAUUGGGUAUAAAAGCAGCUUCCAUGAAAUGCUCAGUCAUUCACAAACAAGGAUGGGGCGAGGGUCACCAGUUUAAGAACAACAUUUCUCAACGAGCUAUUGCAAGGAAUUUAGGUAUUUCACCAUCUGAGGUCUGGAUUAUCGUCAAAAGGUUCAGAGAAUCUGGAGAAAUCACUGCAUGUAACCUUGAAUGCCCGUGACUUUCGAUCCCUCAGGCGGUAUUGCAUCAAAAAGCGACAUCAGUGUGUAAAGGAUAUCACCACAUGGGCUCAUGAACACAUCAGAAAACCACUGUCUGUAACCACAGUUCAUCGGUACAUCUGUAAAUGCAAAAUUAGGACUCUACUAUGCAAAGCCAAAGCCAUUUAUCAACAACACCCAGAAUCGCUGCCGGCUUCGCUGGGCCCGAUCUCAUCUAAGAUGGACUGAUGCAAAGUGGAAAAGUGUUCUGUGGUCUGACAGGGUCUACAUUUCAAAUUCUUUUUGGAAAGUUCGAACGUUGUAUCCUCCAGAACAAAGAAAAAAAUAAACAUCCGGAUUGUUAUAGGCGCAAAGUUGAAAAGACAGCAUCUGUGAUGUUAUGAGGGUGUAUUAGUGACCAAGGCAUGGGUAACUUACACAUUUGUGAAGGCACCAUUAAUGCUGAAAGGUACAUCCAGUUUUUGGAGCAACAUAUGUUGCCAUCCAAGCAACGUUAUCAUGGACGCCCCUGCUUAUUUCAGCAAGACAAUGCCAAGCCACGUGUUACAACAGCGUGGCUUCAUAGUAAAAGAGUGCGGUUACUAGACUGGCCUGCCUGGAGUCCAGACCUGUCUCCCAUUGAAAAUGUGUGGCCUAUUAUAAAUGAUAAAUGGGUUGUACUUGUAUAGCGCUUUUCUACCUUCAAGGUACUCAAAGCGCUUUGACACUACUUCCACAUUUACCCAUUCACACACACAUUCACACACUGAUGGAGGGAGCUGCCAUGCAAGGCGCUAACCAGCACCCAUCAGGAGCAAGGGUGAAGUGUCUUGCUCAGGACACAACGGACGUGACAAGGUUGGUACUAGGUGGGGAUUGAACCAGGGACCCUCGGGUCGCGCACAGCCACUCUUCCACUGCGCCACGCAGCCUUAAAUACCAAAACAGAGAUCCCGGACUGUUGAACAACAUAAGCUGUACAUCAAGCAAGAAUUGGAAAUAAUUCCACCUAAAAAACUUCAAAAACUUCGUCUCCUCAGUUCUGAGUUUUGUUAAAAGGAAAGGCCAUGUAACACAGUGGUAAAAAUGCCCCCGUGCCAACUUUUUUGCAAUGUGUUGCUGCCAUUAAAUUCUAAGUUAAUGAUUAUUUUCAACAAUAAAAAAGUAGUCUCUCAGUUGGAACAUUAAGUAUCUUAUCUUUGCAGUCUAUUUAUUUGAAUAUAGGUUGAAUAGGAUUUGCAAAUCAUUGUAUUCUGUUUUUAUUUACCAUUUACACAACGUGCCAACUUCACUGGAUUUGGGGUUUGUACAAUCUUUGAGGUUUAUUUAAUAGCGUCAAGAGCCUGAAAUGACCAGGUCUAAGUAGCUAAUUGGUUUGGUCCAGUUUUAUUACAUUUUCAAAGAUAUACAGUACAGGCCAAAAGUUUGGACACACCUUCUCAUUCAAUGCGUUUUCUUUAUUUUCAUGACUACUUACAUUGUAGAUUGUCACUGAAGGUAUCAAAACUACGAAUGAACACAUGUUGUCUUUAAUGUCUUUAAUGUCCUUUGUUUUCUUUGAUGUUUCCCUCUUACACACAUGUAAGAGGGAUGUGUACUAUGGCUAUGAGUUUUUUUUUUUCCCUUGGCAUCAGUCUGAACCCCCUCUCCAGAGGCCCAGGCUAAAACCGAUUUUUUUAUUUUAUUUUAUUUUAUUUUAUUUUAUUUUAUUUUAUUUUAAUCUUUAAUUUUUUUCUCCCACUCCCCCCCUUGUCUACCUGUAUCCCACCUUUUUUGUAAGGGGCGCUGGAAGCUGGCAGACCCGUCAGCGAUCCUGUUCUGUCUCCCUGUAAUGUUUGUCUGUUGUUGAAUGGGAUUGGGCUGAAAAUUUAAAUUUUCCUGAAGGAAUAAAUAAAGUACUAUGUAAUCUAAUGUGGAGAUAUGUACUUAACAAAAAAAGGUGAAAUAACUGAAAACAUGUUUUACAUUCUAGUUUCUUCAAAAUAGCCACCCUUUGCUGUGACUACUGCUUUGCACACUCUUGGCAUUUUCUCGAUGAGCUUCAAGAGGUAGUCACCUGAAAUGGUUUUCCCUUCACAGGUGAAGUGAGAGAAUGCCAAGAGUGUGCAGAGCAGUAAUCAGAGCAAAGGGUGGUUCUUUUGAAGGAACUAGAAUAUAAAACAUAUAUUUUUUUAGUUAUUUCACCGUUUUUUGUUAAGUACAUAACUCCACAUGUGUUCAUUCAUAGUUGUAAUGCCUUCAGUGACAAUCUACAAUGUAAAUAGUCAUGAAAAUAAAAAAGACACAUUGUUUGGGGAGAAGGUGUUUUCUACUGUAUAUUUUUAAACAUAGUCAUGUUUCACAUAGACACUUUUAUCCAGUUAAGGUUCAUGAUCAGUUUAUGAUUGGAAAAAUGUUGUAUAACAAACAAACACAUUUUUUUCCAACAAUUUUACAAACUCCCUUUUUUUAUCUUUUCAUUAGUUUUUAGUGAAUUUCGCCAAUGGAAAAUAUGUCAACAAAUGUGAACGUGAGUUAUGUAGCUCAGCUUUGCAUUGUGUUUUUUUAUUUUUUUUUUAUUUGUUGCACCUUAUAAAUCUUUUUACUUUAUUUUCUAUCUGACAGUCACCAAUUUGGCGACAAUAAAAAAAAUGCUUUGCAAACAAACAAAAAA